GCGGUGGAGUCGGCUUCUUCUGAGAGCUGUAGGAUUAUGUAUCCAAGUGCUGAAUUUAUAUUUCCCACUAGGAAAAGACUGAAACUCAGAUGCUUCAGAAGUUUGCUGUGUGCUUACCACGGGUUCUGCCAGCCAUCUCAAGAGGGGACCCACCUAUUCUUUCAUUAAUUGAGCAAAACAUUAUCUUGAAAUAAUUAUUCCUCUCCACAUGGCCUUCCUACUCGUGUCAGCUUAUCUCCUGCUGACUCAUGCUCGGGGUGCUCCUGUGGAGAAUGGGACACUGUUGGAAACACUGAAGUCACAGGUGGGAUUAUUCAGCAAUAAAAGUGAGCACUAUUCAGCACAGGUGAGACCUCCUGGCACGAGCAGACAAAUACCUCAGACAAUCAUCAUAGGAGUUCGUAAAGGAGGGACCAGGGCUUUGCUGGAGAUGUUGGAUAUUCACCCUAACAUUGUGGUGGCUGCUACAGAAGUCCACUUCUUUGACUGGGAUGAAAAUUAUGUGAAAGGAAUAGACUGGUAUAGAAAUCUGAUGCCAUUUUCUUAUGGAAAUCAAAUUACAAUUGAGAAAACACCAGGCUAUUUUACAUCACCACAGGCUCCAGGAAGAAUUCAUGACAUGAAUAGCUCCAUUAAACUGCUGCUCAUUCUAAGAGAUCCCACUGAGAGAGUUAUAUCUGACUAUACCCAAGUGUAUUACAACAGAGUAGAAAGUCACAAGCCUGUUCAACUCUUUGAAGAUAUUGUUAUUAAGAAUGGAGUGCUUAAUACCAAAUACAAAGCUAUUCAGAGAAGUCUAUAUGAUGUCCACAUGGAAAAGUGGCUUAAGCAUUUCAGUUUGGAUCAGAUUCACAUAGUGGAUGGCAAUACUUUGAUCAAGGACCCUCUUCCUGAAUUACAAAAAGUUGAAAGAUUUCUAAAUCUUCCUUCCCGAAUUAUGUCUUCUAAUUUUUAUUUUAACCAAACCAAGGGAUUCUACUGCAUCAGAAGUGAUGGGAGGGAGAGAUGUUUACAUGAAUCCAAAGGGCGUCCCCAUCCUCUUGUUAACAGCACUGUUUUAGAGCAACUGUAUUCUUACUUCAGAGAGCACAAUGCAAAAUUUUACAGGAUGGUUAAUCAUUCCUUUGACUGGCAUUAACACAUUUGGAGUCAGUGCUUCUUAAAAAAGCCCUGAGACAAACUUUCAGUCAUAUCUUUCUAAACUGUAGACUCCUAUUAUGAGAAUUAACAUACUGGUUAUAUGUUU